GAGGAGCCAGGAGCCAUGAGAGUAGCAGUGGGCAUGCUCUGGCUCCUGGCCCUCUGGGGGCACCCCCAAACCCAGGGCUCCUGCCCGUCUCAAUGCAGCUGCAGCCUCCACAUCCUAGGUGAUGGCAGCAAGGCCAGGACGGUGGUGUGCAGCGACCCCGACAUGACUCUGCCCCCUGCGUCGCUCCCUCCCGACACCUCCAGACUGCGCCUGGAGCGGACGGCUAUUCGCAGGGUGCCCGGGGAGGUCUUCAAGCCGCUAGGCCGCCUUGAGCAGCUGUGGCUGCCCUACAACGCCCUCAGCGAGCUCAGCGCCCUGAUGCUGCGGGGCCUGCGCCGGCUGCGCGAGCUGCGCCUGCCUGGGAACCGCCUGGCCGCCUUCCCCUGGGCGGCGCUCAAGGACGCCCCCCAGCUGCGGCUGCUGGACCUGCAAGCCAACCGGCUCGCCGCCGUGCCGCCCGAGGCCGCGCGCUUCCUGGGGAACCUCACCUUCCUCGACCUCUCCAACAACCAGCUGUUGAGGCUCCCGCAGGAGCUACUGGCCACCUGGGCUCACCCGCAGCCUGGGCCCGUCCUUCCCGGGCACCGCACCAGGCUGGUGCUAGGGCUGCAGGACAACCCCUGGGCCUGCGACUGCCGCCUCUAUGACCUGGCCCUUUUCCUGGAAGGCUGGGCCCCACAUCUGGCUUUCAUAGAGGCCAGGCUGAAGUGCGCCAGCCCGCGCAGCCUGGCCGGAGUGGCCUUCAGCCAGCUGGAACUGAGGAAGUGCCAGAGUCCGGGGCUCCGUCCAGGGGCGGCCAGCGUCAGGUCCCCACUGGGCAGUGCGGUAUUGCUGCGUUGUGGGGCCACCGGCGUCCCUGGGCCAGAGAUGAGCUGGAGGAGAGCCAACGGGCACCCACUCAAAGGCACAGUGCACCAGGAAGUCUCCAGCGAUGGCACAAGCUGGACGCUGCUGGGCCUGCCUGCUGUGUCCCUCCUCGACUCUGGAGACUACAUCUGCCAGGCCAAGAACUUUCUGGGAGUCUCUGAGACUGUCAUCUCCCUAUCCAUCACAGAGCCUCAGGCUUCCACAGAACGGAGUGGGAGCCCAGGGGCACUGUGGACAAGGACAGGUGAGGGGGCGGAAGCUGCUGCAUACAACAAGAUGGUGGCCAGGCAUGUCCCUGACAUCCCUGAACCUGCUGUUCCGGCCACUGCGUCCCCUGUGUCCAACACGAAGGGGGAGCUGACCCUCCAGCACUUCCAGGUGGGGACUCCAGGAGAGCGCUCGAAUGGGCAGGCAGGACGCCAGGAGGCCCGAAUGGUGAGGUCUCUCAAGGUGGUGGGAGACACUUACCAGAGCGUGACCUUGGUGUGGAAGGCGCCCCAAGCUGGGAACACAACCACCUUCAGUGUCCUGUAUGCGGUCUUCGGGCAGCACAACAUGUGGCGGUUGGCGGUGCCACCUGGGAAGACCAGCGUCACAAUCCGUGGGCUGACGUCCAAGACAAAGUACGUUGCAUGUGUCUGCGUGCGGGACCUGAUGCCCCAGAAGGAGCAGUGCGUCAUCUUCUCCACGGACGGGGUGGUGGAUGCCGAGGCCACUCAGCGGCUCAUCAACGUGGUGGUGAUCAGUGUGGCCGUUGUCAUCGCCCUGCCCCUCACCCUGCUCGUGUGCUGCGGAGCUGUGCAGCGGCGCUGCCGCAAGUGCCGCACGGGGGGCUCUGCUGAGGCCACGGGGGCCUAUGUCAACCUGGAGAGGCUGGGCCACAGCGAGGAUGGCUCUGAGCUGUCCCAGCACAGCUUCAGUGAGGCCGACAGGCUCCUCUCUGCCCGGUCCAGCCUGGACUCUCAGGUCCUGGGCUCCAGGGGGGGCAGGCGGAUCAAUGAGUACUUUUGCUGAAGGGGGGGCUCUCCCCUCCAGAUGCCCACACACCUGCUCCAGCCCAUUCUCCCUCGGCCCCUCCCACCUGCUUACCCUGACACCUGGGUCCACACUCAUCCACUCUUUCCCCGCUCGGGUACCCAGUUCCUCAGACCUUUACCCACAGCAACAACCGGUAACACUUAUUAAGCACUUCUGGUAUGCCAGGAAGUGUUCUAAGUGCUUUAUGUACAUUAACUUAAUCCAUUCUCGUCACAGCCCUUUGCAGCAGGCGCUAUGUGUUCCCCCCAUUCUCCUGCAGAAGAAACCAGGGGAUUAACCAACUUGCCUGUAUCAGUCAGUU